AUGGCGGUGCGAAUGCUGAACGCGAACGCGGAGGUGGUGAGCAAAUCGGCGGCGCUCUUCAUGAACAUCAACGCCGCCAAGGGCCUGCAGGACGUGCUCAAAACCAACCUCGGGCCGCGCGGCACCAUCAAGAUGCUGGUGGGCGGGGCUGGCGACAUCCGCCUCACGAAAGACGGCAACACUCUUCUUCGCGAAAUGCAAAUCCAGAACCCAACAGCGGUGAUGAUAGCGCGCACGGCGGUGGCGCAGGACGACAUAGCGGGCGACGGCACCACGUCCACCGUGCUGCUCAUCGGCGAGUUGCUCAAACAGUCUGAGCGCUACAUCGCUGAAGGCAUGCACCCGCGCCUGCUGUGUGACGGGUUUGAGCGAGGCAAGAAGGCGGCGCUGGCGUUCCUGGAGGACUUCAAGACGACCGUCAGCAUGGAGGGGGACGCGCCUGAUAAGGACACUCUCAAGCUCGUUGCCAGGACCACCCUGCGCACCAAGGUGCAUGAGAAGCUAGCGGAUCAGCUCACCGACAUUGUCGUCAACGCUGUGCUGUGCAUCCGCAAGCCAGCAGAGCCCAUCGACCUGUUCAUGGUGGAGAUCAUGCACAUGCGGCACAAGCUGGACUGUGACUCACGGCUGGUGGAGGGGCUGGUGCUGGACCAUGGGGCGAGGCACCCCGACAUGAAGAAGCGAGUGGAGAACUGCUACAUCCUCACGUGCAACGUGUCGCUGGAGUACGAGAAGAGCGAGGUGAACUCGGGGUUCUUCUACCAUGAUGCGGAGCAGCGCGAGAAGAUGGUGGUGGCGGAGAGGAAGUUCGUGGACGAGCGCGUGAGGAAGAUCAUCGCGCUCAAACGCAAGGUGUGCGGCGAGGGCGAGGGCGAGAAGGGCUUCGUGGUGGUGAACCAAAAGGGCAUCGACCCCAUCUCCCUCGACAUGCUCGCCCGAGAAGGGAUUGUAGCCCUGCGCCGAGCCAAGAAGCGCAACAUGGAGCGCCUGGUGCUGGCAUGUGGGGGCGAGGCGGUGAACAGUGUGGAGGAGCUGCAGGAGAGCGACCUGGGGUGGGCGGGGGUGGUGUAUGAGCACGUGCUGGGCGAGGAGAAGUACACCUUCGUUGAGCAAGUCAAGCACCCGCACUCGUGCACCAUUCUCAUCAAAGGGCCCAACGACCACACGAUAGCGCAGAUCAAGGAUGCGGUCAGGGACGGGCUCAGGUCCGUCAAGAACACCAUUGAGGAUGGCGCCGUCGUGCUGGGCGGAGGGGCGUUUGAGCUGGCAGCGCGGAGGCACUUGUUGGAGACCGUCAAGCCCGCCGUGCAGGGGAGGGCGCAGCUGGGAGUGGAGGCAUUCGCAGAGGCGCUGAUGGUGGUGCCCAAGGUGCUGGCGGAGAACUCCGGGCUGGACACACAGGACGUCAUCAUUCAGCUGCAGUCGGAGCAUGCCAAGGGCAACGUGGUGGGGCUGAAUGUCACCACGGGGGAGCCCAUGGACCCGCAUGUCGAAGGCGUGUUCGACAACUACAGCGUCAAGCAGCAACUCAUCAACUCUGC